AUGUGGCGGGCCGGCCGGUGGGCGCCUCUACUCCUGUUUCUGCUGCAGAGCUCCCUAGGAAGGUCCCGUCUAGCCCCACCUAGAAAUGUGACACUGCUCUCCCAGAACUUCACAGUUUACCUGACAUGGCUCCCAGGCCUUGGUAGCCCCCCAAACGUGACCUAUUUUGUGACCUACCAAAGCCCCUACCCCAGGUCUACCAAGCCCUAUUGGCGAAAAGUGAAGCACUGUGCAGGCAUCAAGGCUCUGGUGUGUCCCCUGAUGGUGUGCUUGAAGGAACUGGACCUGUACAACAAGUUCAAAGGACGAGUACAGGCAGCUUCUGCACAUGGCGUGUCCCGAUGGGUGGAGUCCGGGUACCUGGAAUACCUUUUUGACGUGGAGCUAGCCCCACCCACCCUGGUGCUCAUCCAGAUGGAGAAGAUCCUAAUGGUCAACGCUACCUACCAGCUGCCGCCUUGCAUGCCGUCGCUGGAACUGAAGUACCAGGUGGAAUUCUGGAAGGAGGGCCUGGGAAGCAAGACCCUGUUUCCUGACACUCCUUAUGCCCAGCCUGUGCAGAUUCCUCUCCAGCAAGGUGCUGAUGGACGCUACUGCCUCAGCGCCAGAACCGUCUAUACCUUCAUUGACAUUAAGUACAGCCUGUUCUCUGAGCCCAGCUGCAUCGUCCUAGAAGCCCCAGGGGCCAACAGGGCUGUCUUGGCGAUGCCCUUACUCUUGCUUCUACUGAUAGCAGCGGCUGCAGCAGUUGUGGCGUGGAAGAAAAUGGAAGGGAACCCCUGGUUUCAGCAGUUGAAGACACCCCGGUCACUGGACUUUUCUGAAUACAGAUACCGAGUGGCAACCUUUCAGCCCAGUGGACCUGAAUUCUCAAAUAACUUGAUCCUCUGUCCCCAGAAGGAACUGACCAUAAGGAUCAGACCAGUCCCUCAGGUCAGAGACCCAGCCACGCUACAGGCAGGACCAGAAAAAGACAGUACUGAGGAUGAAGAUGAGGACACAGACGAUGGCGACAGCAUCCAGCCCUACCUGGAACGGCCCCUUUUCAUCCGGGAGAAGCUCCAGUCUAUGAAGCACUUGGAGGCAGAGGAAUCUGGGGUGGAUUCAGGGGGUCUUUGGACAUCCCCACUUGGGAGUGAAGGCUCAUCCUCAUGGGACUCUUCAGACAGGAGCUGGUCCAGCACAGGGAACCCCUCGUACAAGGAUGAAGCUGGAUCUUUCAGCUGUUUGGACCAGAAGGAGCCGGACCAGGAGCCUUAUGAGGAAGGGCACCAGGAGCCUCUCCCAUGCCUGGAAUUUUCUGAGGACUUGGACACUGUGGAAGAGUUUCUGAAAGAUGACCUCUCCAGGUGGAGAAUUUGGGGUUCUUUAUCCCCAAAGAGAGAUCUGGCUCCUGUGGAGCCCCCAGUUUCUCUAAAGACACUGACUUUCUGUUGGGACAGCAAUCCUGAGGAACAGGAGGAGGAAGAGGAAGAAGAGGAAGAGGAGGAAGACUGGGAAUCAGAACCUAAGGGCAGCAACUCUGGCUCUUGGGGCACUUCAAGCCUGCAGAGGACAGAGGUCAGGGCUGGGAUGCUGGGAGGCUACAUGGUCAGGUGAGCUGGCCCUGGUGGUUCAUGCUAUCUCUACUGCACUUACCUGGACCAGAGACACCUCCAAGAGUCAUGUCCCUUUCAGUGGUAGCCAAGGUCCUGGCCAUUCUUUAUGGAUCUUUAUGGCAUUUUGUCAUUUGGAUUGAGCCGUAAGAUGUCACCAUUUCCAGUGAUCCACCUGCUGUAGGUGACCUGUGAGCCAGGUAGAGCUGUGGUCAGAGACUAGUUGAGUUCCCAGUCUGCCCACUGUCCCAGGGAUGACAGGCCUAGUGGAAAACCAUAUUCGGACAAAAUGAAACAGGUGAAGCCAGGUGGCUGUGGACACCAAGGAUAGACACCAAGGAUGGCCCUAGUUGGUAACUCACAUUGCAUUGUGCAAAACAAAUCUCCGUCCAGAUCACUGCUCUGCCGUUUCUGGUAGUCACUUAGCAAGUGGCUCUUAACCUCUAUGCCUCAGUUUCCUCUUCUGCAGCUGUCAUGGGGGGUAUAGUGAGGAUUUGGGGAGUUUUCAAUUAACAGGUGACACGAGGCUACCAGUAUCACAUGUACUGACUAGGCACUAGAACCCUCCUCCACCAGUCCAGACUCCUGGGAGACCCCAGGCAUCUCUCACCAGCAACCCCUAAGCCAAGAAUGACAAAACGCCCACCUUCCACCCUGUCUACACUUUAGGUCACCCAAUUUCUUCCUUGUCACCUUCUAGUCAGGGGCUCCCUGAAACCACAGCCCAACCAACUUCUUUCUCAAACAUAGUUCACCUUCCAGGGGUGACAUUGGUUGGGUCAGGGCAGAAAUUCCAUUCCUGGCCUGGUGUCCUUUUAGAAUGGUAUUGUAUCAGGGUUUAAGUUUUUUUGGGGGGUGUUUGUUUGUUUGUUUGUUUUUAUCUGUUUUGGUCAUAAUGAGGUCCUAAUAUCUGAGAAGCUAGUGUCUUUUGAAACAGGUGACUGUCCUUUUUGGAGUGCAAUGUGUGUCUUUGGUCUGCAGGUGUCACCCAUAGAACCAAAGUCUUUGUGGCUGAGGAUCUGAACAGUCCAUGUUGCAGAAAAGAGCUCACAGCCCCUUUACUUACAGAGCUGUGCGGCUCUGAGGCUGGCAUAAAGCCAGGCCUUACAGAACUCAUGUGAAGGCACCCCUUAAGGCAGCCGUCCUCAACCUUAAACACUACCAGCCUUAAACAGAUCCUCAUGGUGUGGUGACUCCCAGUCAUAAAAUCAUUUCAUGGCUACUUUAUAACUGUAAUUUUGCUACUGUUAUGAACAUAAUGUGGUCUUAGGCGACCACUGUGAAAAUGUCAUUGGACCCCCCCACCCCAAAGGAGUCAUGACCCACACAGAGGUUGAGAAACACCACCUUAAGGGCAUCUGAUUCAAGGGUUCUCUAGCUCAUUCCCAAAGGCCUUUGGGGCUCCAGGAUCCUCCCACUUCAGUGGGAGUGGCCUCACUGAGCUAAUGUACAUACAAUGGCUUUGCAUAGAAGGUGUCUUGAGAGGGGUUCACAGCUAACCAAACCUCAAAGCACUGUCCUCGAUGUAUCGUUUCAAACAAACUCUGAAGUCACCUGGCAAGGCUGUCCUAGUGACUCAAUAUGUGUGUCCUCAAUAGUUCCCAGAGUCAUCAGACUGACAGGAGGUCUUUGUGAGUACCUCUGGGACACACACACACACACACACACACAACUACCUCCCUGGGGUUCCCUGCAAUGAUUCUUAACCACAUCGCUGAGUCCAGGAGAACAAUUGUGCAUGCGUGAGGAAGGACAUAGCAUUGGAGCAGCUCCUGGAAAUGUCCCAGCAAGGCCACUGUCCUUGCUGAGACCCAGCUGAGCUGCACCGUGAGGAGGCUCUGUCAGAAAUCCUUUGAAAUGAUGGUGUUGGCCUCGCCUUCCAAGCUUACUCUCCGACAGUCCACCUUACUGUUUACAGUGUGUCCCAAUGUUUCCUUUCUGAUCAUUCUUAAUCCCAGCUCCUUUCAGCCAUCAUUAGGUCAUUGACAGAAGACCUGUGGGAAGCCCAGGAAAGGGCGGGAGGAGCGACCCAGAAGUUCAUAAUGUGUGUUCAGCACUUAACUUACAUAAUAGCCCUGUACAGGGACAGUCUCUGGGGACCUCAAGGAUAUCAAGGUCAAAGUGACUGUCUGGAGUCGCUGUGGUGUGAAGCUUCAGCACAUGGAGUCUAUACAUAUUUCUUACGUGUUUGUAUUACCUUUCUUGCAUGUUUGUAUUUUUUGUCAAAUUUUUGCACUGUAUUUUAUACCCUAUUUAAGCAAUACUUUAAUAUCUGUCAGUAUCAUACCGAAAACCUCCAAUAAAGAGAUCUAUUUUUAGAGAA